AGCGGUGCGGUUCAAUAGAUAGGACUGGAACCGAUCCAACAUGGCGACAGGCGACGCGGCCGACGCCGAGUUGCCGGAGGGCUUUACCGUUGACAAGGAUGCCAGAUACACUGGCACAGUUGCCGACUACAACAAAUGGAGAGGUUUUGGUCACAUCACCAUCGACCAACAGGCGGUCCUGACCCAGGACAAAGUGUUUGUGCACUGGAAGAAUAUUCAGACUGAUGACCGCUUUCCUCGCUUAAAGGAAGGUCUGCAGGUGGAGUUUGGAUUGUUCUUGCAUAUGAAGAAGUCCGGCUAUCCCAAAAACGUGUCCGUCAAGGCUAAGACCGUGACCCUUCAGGGUGGAGGCAUGGUGAACAUCCAAGAUGAGAUGGAUGCAGAGACCAUGACGUUUGUGGGCGCUCAAAAUCUCCGAUACACUGGUACCAUCAAGUUCUUUGAUCAGAUGCGUGGCUUCGGCUGGGUGAUCAUAGAUGACGGCUUCCAAAUGGAAGAGCCUGUGCCCAAAGAGAUCAAGGUUCAUGGAACUGAGCUGCACACUGGCGGGAAGCCUUUGCGUAUGCGCAUUGACAAGCUGGCCGUGGAGUUCGGCAUCAUCAAGAACAAGAAAGGUGAUCAAUACCUGGCAUAUAACUUGACUUUGCCAGGAGGAACACCCAUCACGAUGGAGACUUUGGAACAUCGCCAGCCCGAGGGCGGAGAGCGAUUUACUGGCACGGUGCAAUGGUGGCAUCGGUGGCAGGGAUGGGGCCACAUCCUUCCGGACAAUAGCUCUGCGCUCCCAGCAGUGGUCCAGCAAAAGCUGGCUGAAGCAGCAGCACAGGCUGCAGCGAAGGCCAAGGAAGGAGAGACAAAAAGUGAUGACAAGCUUCUGUACUUCCGCAAGGCGGAUUGCGAGUGGAAUUUGCGCCCUGAGCCGGGGAAGAAGGUGACAUUCACAGUCUACACGGACGACAAGGGCGCAGGCGCCACGGAGGUGGCAGUGGUCCCCGAGUGAAACUUCACUAGGUGGUGACUGCGCCGCUGACGCAUACGCCUGAUAGGCCAAUGACGCUUCUCAGUCUGGGAAGCUCAAUGUUUGCUUCGUAUCUAUAGAGAUCCCAGCCUGCAAGAAGUGAUGAGGUGCUUUAAGGUAUCAAGACAUGCCCCUACCCAGGAAAAGUGAAACCUGUAAACCGAGACUGAUUGUGCGGUUCGCUCGUGUGGUUCGCCCUCUUGAAGGCUGGGACUGGGGAGGACCACCUGGGCGGUUGCCGUCUCAGUUGGAAGAGGCCGAAAGCGGAAUCGGCUGGACAAAGGGUCCGCGUGAACCCGCUCGAGGGUGACGGCGCGAGGGCGUGGUCGAAGAGGUGGAGUUCGAGGAACUUUAUCAUAGUACAGCAGCACGAGUUAGUUGGUGAAAGCUCAUUGUACUUCAUCGUGUCCAUCGCGA